CAAACGGACGGACUUGUUGUUGCAACGAUCAGUGAUCAGUGAUCAGUGUCAAGGUGAAGAUCCAACGUUUAUUUAUGAGGAGAAGUGAAAACUUCGAAUGUUUCAGGCGACGAUAGACAAAUUAGAUAUUAUGCCAACUAGGAUACCGAGAUGAAAUUAGCUUUAUUCCUAGGAUUUUCCUUGAUGGUGAUUCCCCAAUGGAUUUUCGCCUCUAACAGCACGAAUUUAAUGACCCAACAUGGGGAACACAAGGAGAUACUCUUAGACACAGUCGUUAGAAAAUUAAGGAAUUAUUGGCACCAGUACGGCGAUGACGGUAAUACUUUUAUCGGUAGAUGCUUCGGCCUGGCGAAGAGGAUACGAUCCCUGCUGCCGCAGGCGAUAUUCCUGAUGGGCGUGAUCAGCACCCUGCUGGUGUUCCUCACGUUCUUCUCGAUGAAGACGCUCGGGCUGGUGGGGGCGCUGUUGUUGUUCAACGUCAGCGGGGCCGUCGCCAAACUGGCGGCCUUCUUCGCGGGCAAAGCGGAAAAACGGCCGCAAACGGUGCAUUUCCACGUGCACAAAGAUGAUGAUGACUAUCAUCACUAUCCUCACGGCCACCGCGAUUAUUACGGCGACCAUUCGGGGCCGGGAUACAUGCAGGAGUGGGACAGGACCUCUCGCUACGGGCAGGACUUCGAUUUGGAUAAAUUGGAGUCCUAUAAUCUCUAUAAUAAAUUGCUGGACAAUUUGUCGACGAGAUAUUAGUGUUAAUUUAGGCGAUUUUGUACAUAUUUAUUUAUUUGUUUUUAUGUUAAAUGUUUACCAAAAGGAUUUGAAGGAGGAUAAUGAGAGAUUAGAGUGGAGGAAAAUAAGAAAAAAGAAACAAAAAUAUUUAUAUUAUCUACUUCUUUGAUAACUAUAAUUGUAAAAACUACAUUAUUUACUAAAAAAUUAAAUCCACCGAAAAAGAGUUAUAAAUUAAUUCUAUUAUACAUAGUGAUUAAAAAAAUCCUUUAAAUUCUAAGGAUAGACUCCAGGAUCAUUUGUAUCGAUACAAAUUCCAGUAGGCAGGCAUAUUUUUUGCAUCAAUUUCGUCACGUUCACGUCGAGUUUCUUCUUAGUAACGAAUAGAUUGAAAAUUUUCUUGGUAUCAGAGGGAUUGAUAUCGUAGCUCUGGAAUUAGUCGAAUUGCGAUAAAAACUAAUAAAUUAACCGUCUCAAAAAUAGGAUUAGAUUGUUUGUUUAAGGAUUUAAGGAUUAACCGUUCCCGCAAUUGAAAAACCUGACGAAAACAUUCCGAAAGUGUCGCGUUAUCGAUGAUUUUAUCUAAUCGGGUUAAUUCGAAUGAAUUUAACAGGUUUUUUUUUGUGUUUAAAAUUGUCGGUUUUUUACGUGUAUUAUUUUAAAUGUUACCGUUUCUCUCUACAUUUUUUAGCAGGAUAGAGGCUUUUUUCAUAUAAGUUAAAUUAUUACAAAAAUUUCAAAUACUCACUUUAGGAGUAAGUUGUGGAUUCU